UCUUCACGAUGGGCGUAUAUAUAAUCAGCACACGGCCGAACCACAUCAAUCACUCACACUCAAUCCAACAAUAACAACAAUAUCACCACCCACAUAACCAUACAACGCAAAAACAACAAAAUGUCCGACAUCUUCCACAAGAACGACUCAAAGAUCAAGCCCAAGACGCGGGGCGAGGCCGGCUUCGAAUUCGGCACCUCGGAGACUCUGCAGUCGCAGGACCUCACCGACGGCUUCUACGAGAUUCCGGCGACCCUCGAGCCUCGCGGCAGUGCUGCUAAGGCAAUGCGUGACCACCACGGCGGCCACAACCCGGCGAAGGCGUUCACGUCCGAAGGCGCUGUGGGGAAAGAGUUCAAAUCGGAGGGGAGCAUUGGAUCUACGGUGCAGAGUGCGGGUCAGGGCGGCGUGCUGGACAAGAACGGGCCUGUCGGGAAGCAGUUCACUAGUGAGGGGAAGAUUGGCGGCGCGGUUGAUAAGAUGCUCGGGGAGAAGAAGUAGUUGCGAGGGCUGGGGAUAUGGGUAUGUAGCAGCCACGUGGGGAAGGGGAGGGGGGAUGGUGUAAUGAACGUUUUUAGGUUUUUUUUGUGGUUGCUUUGCUUGCAGUUGCAAUUGCACUUGUUCGUCAGAACUGCAGUCUUCGUGCCAAUGCUGUGUAAAACGUAUAACUACC